CAGCAAAAGGAAUAAUCAAUUUGAAAAACUCCGAUGUGGAUCACAAGUUACAGUUUUUAGGUAUAUCUAGUAAAUCAUUGAAAUUAUUCAUCGAACAAUAUAUUUCUGAGAUUUCAAAGGUAAGCACAAAGACUUAUGAUGAGUUCAUUGACAUUAUGGUAUCAGAACAAAUUGAGCAGAUAGAGAAAAGGCCAUUUCUAUUGCAACAAUUACUGUGGUUGUAUUGUAAUGAUGAGGACUUAGGUGGAACCAUAAGCGAAACUUACGCUAAGAUGUUGAAUGCCAUGUGCGGUUGGUCAAACCACAGGAAUGAUGGACAUAAAAGCGAAAGUGAUAACUUACUUUUGCCUACAAUCAUGCAGCAAUAUCCGAAGUUUGAAGGCAAAGAACGAGUUUUAUUUCUCUGCGGUAAAACUGCAUUUGAUAUUUUACGUUCUGGUUCAUUACGUAACAUAUUGAAUCGACAAAACCUUUUGAAGACUGGAUUAUCAAACAUUGAUGUCAAUGAGCUUACACAAUUUGGCAUAUUAAAUGAAAUCAACUGUUUCAACACGACAGAGAAAGAUAAACACUAUGCCUUUGCUCACAUGUCUUUUCUUGAGUUCUUUGCCGCUGUUUAUGUCACUACAAAUGAUACCAAGACAAAACCAAAUUCUUUUCAAGAAAAAGAAGAUGAUAGAAAUCAGAAGGUUUUAGAUACCCUCUUUGGUACAUGUGCAUCAGCUAGUGACAUAUUACAAUUAUCUAAUGUGAUUAAAAUGGUUUGUGGAUUGUCCCCUGUCCUUACUGGUGAUUUGUCAAAGCUGAUCUCAUGCAUUAUGAAUAAGGACGAACACAUUUUGCAUCUUAGAAAGAAUGGAUCUAAAGAGAUAAGUGGAAAAGAUGAGAUAACUUUGAUACAACGCCUGAUAACGAUAGAUUGUCUAAAAGAGUGUGGCUUUGAUAACAACACAAUGGUCAGUGUGAGCGACCUAUUUGUUGGUUUUUCGGAACCUGUUCUACCGUUACAAAGUAUCAACCCAGAUGACGUGAUUUCUCUGACUUUUGACUAUAUCGAUGAUAGAGAUAUCAACGCGUACUGGAAAUAUAUCGCGGAAUAUCUCAGACAGUGCAAACAGCUGCAAUACAUGCAUAUUAGAUAUUCUUCUUUGAAACAUAUUAAGGUGUUAUUAUCGCAUCAACUACCCAUAAAACACCUCGCAUUGUAUAACGCACCCUUCAAUGGGUUCGCUUGUGAUAUCAACCUAUCUAAGCAAAACAGUAUUCAAACACUGGAGCUGUCAAGUUCAAAAUUGAAAAUUUCUGAGUUAAGCAUUGAACAACUUGAACAAGUACACAUUCAAAGUUGCUGGUAUAUAUUUGAUAUUAAACGUUUAUCAAAUGCAGGAAAACUAAAAUGA